CUUGUUCGCGGAGAGGGGUGACGUGAUUGACGAUUUUGACUCGAAUCAUGGUGUGCAUCUCUACCAGAUAGAGAGCUGACCUGAGGUGGAGACGCGGAUCGUGGCUCCUGGGGUGGAGGUACAAGCGUACAGCUCAAUAGGAGAUCAAGAGUAAAGAGUGUGGGGAGGGGAAGGACGCGAUAUCGGGGGAGGAUGGUGCUUGUGCUUGCGCUGGGGGAUCUGCACAUCCCGCACCGGGUGCCCGACCUGCCCGCCAAAUUCAAGUCCAUGCUCGUGCCCGGCAAGAUCCAACACAUCAUCUGCGCUGGCAACCUCUGCAUCAAGGAAGUUCAUGACUACCUGAAAAGCCUUUGCCCUGAUCUCCACAUUACUGGAGGUGAAUAUGAUGAGUAUGCUCGAUACCCAGAGACUAAGACACUUACAAUUGGUCAGUUUAAGCUUGGGCUGUGCCAUGGUCAUCAGGUUGUUCCAUGGGGCGACCUGGACUCCCUGGCGAUGCUCCAGCGGCAGCUGGACGUGGACAUCCUGGUGACCGGGCACAGCCAUCAGUUCAAGGCAUAUAAGCACGAGGGAGGCGUGGUGAUCAACCCUGGCUCUGCCACGGGCGCCUACAGCAGCAUCACUUACGACGUGAACCCAAGCUUUGUGCUGAUGGACAUCGAAGGACUCCGUGUGGUGGUGUACGUCUACGAGCUGAUUGACGGCGAGGUGAAGGUGGACAAGAUCGACUUCAAGAAAGCAGCGACGAUGCAAGCCUAGCACUACUAUCCUUCCACGGUGUGAUUGGUUUCAAGACACGUCUAGGUUCUGUUUUUUUUUCUCUUCUUGAUUCAGAGCUCCCUCAACACUCUCUUUCUACCACUUGUGCUAACCUGUUCAUGUGCAAAUAACUAGUUUAAUACACAUUAGCUGAUCAUAUUACGACGGCGUGAUGUUAAAUGUCAAGUAACUUAAGGCCUGUUUGGCAUGGCUCUAGAGCAAAACUCCAAGGAGGAGCUGCAUGUCAAACAUCCAGACUCCAAAGUUGUAAAUUCUAUGGAGUUUUUGGAGCUGCGGAGUAGCUCUUUUGCUGAUCUGAAAACUCUAAAAAAGCAAUCAUGGAGUUUUGAGUUAUUUACCCGCCA